CACUAUUUCUUGCAUUGAUUUCUGUCUUUUCUUCCUUCUUCUUUCAUCCUCAUUUCACAGUCCUCUUUAUUGUCACUACCAAAUGCAGCACCCCAGGGUCAACAGAUAUCCUGAUAACGUCCUCAUUCGCCUCCCAGCCUACUAUGCCGAUUAUGGUGGCCCAGGUUGGUACCCAGAACUUCAGUUCCCUCACCAAACACGUCUAGCCGUACGGUACAGUUCUGCGCUCAGAAAAGAUGUCUAUAUCCAACCCAAUGCCCUUUAUAUAUCUGGCAUCAAGGAAGAGCUGGGCAAGGAAGGGAUAUGCGAAAUAUUGUAUUCUUUCGGAGUAGAGCGAGGACUGGAGUUUACGAUGUACCAACCUCUUAGACACCUCCCGGGUCUUGUAAUGACCACUAUGCAGUUCCCCUCUCAACGUCAGGCAGAAGACGUGUUGAUCAUUGUUAACAAGAACAGUCAUCUUUUUGUUUCUUCUACCAGUGAAUUCAAAGCCAGAUACUCUGAAAUCAAUAGUAGGGGCGUUAAUGCAGCCUCGACCAGAGACAUCCUCCUCGUCCGUGAAGAACUUUCCCUCGCGCCUGCCUACAUUCCCACCGUUGCCUCUUCACACCCAGCCCAUCCACUGUCUUUGCAGCCUUCCCGCUGGAACGCCGUCGGCUAUGCCCGUGAUGCUUUUGUCAACAAACGCAAGCUGACAGAAUAUGAUCACGACCUUCAUCCCCUUGUCUACGGCCAUCUUCAUGAUCCAUCCGAUAAGCGCACUCAUCGCGGUCGGGGAUAUGACAGAAUGAACAGGUGCAAUCCCCACGAUCGGAGAGUGGUGCCUUCUCCACGAAAAAAGAGGCUUUUGGCGCAUGAUUUUCUGCCCAGUAGCUUGCACAGAUAUGAGGAUAUUCCUAAGUUACAUCACCACGAUUACCAGGUUUCAUCUCAUUUAAUAGAGUCUGUUCCUGAAUCUGCACUCCAACACGGUCGGAAGAGCCCGUACACUAGGUUUCAAAAUGUCCUUGCUGAUUAUUCUCAACAUAAAUCAGCAUCAAGAUCGACCCUCUGGAAUACUACUCAGCGGCCGCCCAAGAAAAAGAUAAAGAGGAGAAAAAACUUGUUUAAGGCUAAGUACGCGUACGCUCUUGAUAUGGGUAUUAGAUCUCAUGUUGGGAAUGAGACAGUUCGUACUGGCGCCAAUGCGCAAAAGAGAACUUUUUUGUCCAAAAGAUUGCCCACUCUCACAGAGACAAGUGAAAACCAAAUGGAAGGAGAGAACCAAACCGAGGCCCCAUCAAUUCCGUCAGCCGAUGUUCUUGAGUGGCUGCGCCAGACUGUUUUGGACAAUGAUGGCAAUGCAAAAACUUUAGCGACUGCAGCCGAAACAUUGAAAGUCAAUGUACCAGUACAAGCUGAGCAAGGACGGAAUUUGACUUCCGAAGAGCAUCCUGGUUGGAAUGGCGAAGCGAAUGCUGCCCUGGAUAAAGAAUCACGACCACAACUUCGCGCCCUCCCCCAGACCUGCGCCAUCAAUCUGGGUCCGCCCCGACCCUCCUGCAGUACCCCUUCACCGUUCAUUUACAGUGACCUUCAACCUUUUGCGACAUACUUCUGUCCCUUUAUCCGUCAGACAGGGUAUUGUGAGCCAAAGUUCAUUGCAUUAUCGAAUGAUCGCAAGACCUUGUCUCUCAUGAGGCGUUACGAUCCUCACGAAUCGCGGAGCUUCAGCGCGGUGUGCGCCAUCGACGCUCUUCCGGAGGACCAGAGAAACCUGUUAGGGCUUGAGAGGAGGUGGACCAUGAUUGGGCAUGCGGAAAAGAUGUGGCGCGAAAGUGAAAAAGGUGCCGUUCAAUUUCGCGCGCCUGAGUGACGUGUAGAGGUUUUUUAAGCAUAUAUGGUUCGGGUCGUGUGGGAUGAAGAGAAGCAUUGUUGUGAUUGUGUUGGGGUUCUAUGUUUAGACUACAUAGGCCCUUCUGAAUUCAACUUCCGCAUUGUAAUCAUAAAAGCCAUCGAAUAUGUUUAGGAGUCACAAGAUUGCAUUCACGAAAGAUUUAAUAGCAUUUAGUACAACAAGUACUCGUCGCUCUUUGACAGCGCAAGUAUGCAAGAGAUGUCAGCUGACAUGAUACGUCACAACGUUCAUUUGUCUAGGAAGCGCCUCGAAAUGAUUCGGAAACCAUUCCUACAGAUACUCGGUCAUCUUCUUCAAGGCAUCGUACCAUGAUUUCAUCAUCCCAGCUGAUUGGUAAGUACUUUUCUUCCUGCAAGUUAAACGCUAUAAGCUCUUUGAUCUGCCAUAGGCUGAGUAACAAACGCACAAGACUGAGAACGGAUGGAAGCAGUCAAUAGGGGAGAGAGCAGUUAUGGGAUAGUUCGGGAGAUCAAUGGCUGUCCCAGGUUGCCUAGCAUGACGUGAUCAAUUAUUGUACCACAGGCGCAAAUAGUAGCGUACCAGAUGGCUCCGAAGUGCUCGUCAUCUUCUUUCUCCCACUCCCUGACAAUUUCCAAGACAGCCUCAUCGUAGGCCUCUCCUAAUUCAUCCAUCUUUUGUCUGGUCCAAUCCCCAGUGGGUCCUGGUAAGAGUGCACAGGAGCAUCCAAGGGGAAAAUGAGGAAUAGGAUAUGGGAAGAGAGGCGGCUGACAAUAAGGGUCUUUGAGGGUAAGUUUAUAUAUCGCUGACACACGGAAGAGUCCGACUGAGGUAUGGUCAGAAGCUCGACUACAUAAGAUUGGGGUUGAAUCCUUACUAAUGUUAAUUAUAAUAUUGGCUGAUGCACCUAAUCAGCAACAGAUAGACGGCCUAGUUGUGGCAAGCACUUACGGACGUUCUUCCGUAGCGCGUUAACAGCACGUUUGAUAUCUUUCGCAAACCGUUUCGGGGAACCAUUGAAGUCGAUGUCGGUCAUAUUUGCUAUAUAGAAAGGAAUUUAGCUUGAAACUAGAUAACAAGAUCAAUCGUUUACAAUAUAGACAGAAAGAACACUGUAAACUUCAGCCUCAGGCGACAGAACAACGAGAUGCUGCUACAUACGAUGUCAUUCGCCCCUAUGCCGAG